AUGAGUAACCGGACGCAUUCUUCUGUACGAAAGACUUGUGAUUUGACUGGAACUCCUAUGAGUGUUUCGUCAAAAUCACCAAAACUGCAUCAGCAAUCGUCUUAUUUAACUUCUACUCGCUCUGAUAACAUUGAACACCUUCGCUCACUCAUUGCUUCUCAGAUUCGUAUCGAUGAUUUACAAGCUGCUGUUGCUCCGCUCGCUAAACAGGAAUUAAAAAACAACAUAAACGGCUCUAUUCCAGUAUCUGGAGAAGAACGAGAAGCUAAAAUUCGAACUGCCUUGCAAUCAUCUGGAUUAAUUGACCGUUUGUCCGACCAGCUGUAUGGACGAAUUCAAGCAGAAUCUAAAAGUCCUCAAAACUCCAUCGCAGAGCCGCCACCAACAUCUGGUAUUGAAACAAAAUCCACUGCAAGCACACAUCAUGUAUCUCCUUGUGUUGCAGAUAUACCAUCCCAUAAUGUAGCUCCAUCGAUACUAGAAAAACCAUCGUUGGGUUCAAUGCGAGCCAAGCGCGGAUAUAGGUACCUGCAUAUAUUUGUAGAGCGUGGACGAGCAUUUAUCGGCGAUCAAGAAAUCGAAGAGGAUCCGACAAGCUUGGUGUCGAUCCAUUUAUCUUUUGGAAACCAGAGAUUUGCCACACCAUCAGUUAUGAGUCGGAUGGAGCCACAUUUCAAUGCCGAGUGCUUAUUUGAACUUCCACUUAAAGAACUCAACAUCCUUGCCGAUUCACCACAACCAAUCCAUAUCGUUGCUAUUCGAACCAACGCAUCGCAGAAAAGAAUCGUGAUUGGUGUUUCAACGUUGGACUGGCGCAAGGUGUUGUAUUCUGGUACAUCAACGCUUGUAGCUGAACUCAAGGAAAUCUCUAACCCGGAGAUGUCGACCGGUGUGAUUGAAUGUCGCAUUGAAUUGUUUCCUGCACAACUCUAUCUAUUAUCGCGCGAUGAGGUGCAGUUUCAUGUACAACGCGAUUUACGUCGUAACUCGGAAGCAAAUCGAUUGUUUUUUUUAUAUGCAAAACAGUGGUGGGCCGAUUUUAUUCAGAUUAGGCCGGGACAUAUAGAUCGAUUGGUCAAGAUAUUUGCACACUCUGAAUCUGGAAACAAGGAACCAGUGACCAACUUUGUAUCUCCAUUAAAGUGUCGAUGGAUAGAAAGUCCUCGUCAUGCAGCCCGUUUUGUAUCACUGAUUGGACUGAAUCAACUACCAUCGAUUGGAAACGCUGGUGGGUUUUCUCUUGAUGCAUACGUUGUGCUUGGAACUGAUAGAAACAAUCUUGCAUACGUUUGGGUAGCCACGAUUAGCUCAGUUGGAAAUGUUUCAUUUUGGGAAUCGCUUACAGGUGCCGAGUUCAAGCAAGCAGACAAUCAUCAUUUUCGUACUGUUGGCUGCUGUUUCAAUGCAGAAAGCUUUUACGCUAAUAUCCAAGCUUCUGAUGCAGCAGAUCGAAUUGAUUUUACAUUUUUAGAUCAGUCGAAAUGGAAAGAAAUGUCAAAAGACGCAUUGGCCUCGAUGAAGCAGAUUAGUACUGUAGCAUCAUUGGUUCAAAUCGGUCCAUACAGUUUAAACGAUCCACACACUCAAGAGGUUGAAAUGGAGCUUACAUUACAACAAUACAUUUCACACUAUCGUGAAGAUCACGGUUUGACUACAAUGUGGGACGAUGAUCUUGCACAUCUUCUUGGACAGUCUCUAUGGACAUGUGAGAAUCAGAAAUUAAUAGGCCAAACGAAUGUUGGGUCAUUUUCUGAUGAUUUCCAUACAGGAAUCAAGAGAUCUAUUCCAGAAGGACACACCUUCAAGGGGUUUCCAUGCCAGUUCAACCACUGCCAUAGCACAAAAGUGUUUUCGACAUUGAUUAAAACCAAAUCAUGCAAAGAUAUAGCGCUCACUACUGGAGACAAGGUACGAUUUUCAGUGCGAGUCAAGAUCUUUCCGUAUGCCGACACAACAAUGGUGUGCUGGGUGAUGUUGGGAGUGAGAUAUCAGUCCAUAUAG